AAUAGAUCCAAUUGUACUGCUCAUUGACACAAAACGUUCAAUCAUAAAUAAUUGUGAAUUCCAACUUGUAGAUACGUCUCCGAUUAAAUGCUUUAAUUUUCCUUCGGGAACACCUUGCUGCAUUUGUAUCUGUCGCAACUCUUCAGCACCUACACCACUUUGGUGGAACCAAGUUACGAUCUUUCGGACUUUAUCCAAAAAAAGUUUAACCUCCGAAGAAUUCACAGCAUUUUCGACUACUAGAUUUAAUGUAUGUGCUAAGCAUCGAACAUGUUUUGCUCGUCCAAAAGUAAUUUCAAUAGCUUUAACUAUGUUACGACCAUUAUCUGUAGUAACACUCACAAUUUUUUCAUGAGAUAAUUCCCAAUUUUCACAAACUUUAAGAAUUACCUCCGACAAGUAUUCCCCUGUAUGAUUAUCAUGCAGUGGCUUACACGCAAUAUUUAUUGUUUUCAUUUUAUAGUUCUCUAUAAAAUGUACAGACACACCUAAGAAACACCUUAAUUGCAUAUCCUUCCAUUCGUCUAAUGUGAGACACACGUUUUUAACAGACCGUAAUUUUUCUUUGAUUAUGAUUUUUUUUUUCUUUAUAUUUAGUGUCAAUGAGAUUUGUGAUAGUUUUACGGCAUAGAACCUUGUAUAAGUCUUCAUUAAAUCUUUAAAACCUGUUCCUUCUACCAUACUGUAAGGAAGACUGUCCCGGCAUAUCAUUUCCGCAAUGCUCUGAGUUAUUUGUUUGUUUUUAUCACCAUCUUUAGCAUAUGCUGAUAUUUUUGAAAAAGCCGCUCCGAUAUCUGAUCUAGCUCGUUUUGGUGUCGAAGAUGAAGCCUCAUCACUUUCUGUUGUUGAAGAUUGAACCAAUGAAUUAUUAUGUCCCAACUUGGCAGCAUCUUGAAUAUCAACUUGAUGUAAAUUCUGCAGCGAUAAAAAUAAAAUCGAAAUCAAAUUAACAUGAAAACGUUAUUAACCUCCAAAAUAAUAAAGUACACUAGAAUGAGCAAUGAAAUAUAUAAUUUUAAUGUCAGUUGGUUUAUGCGUUUGAAAUUGAAGCAUAUAAAAUGUUGCUCUUUAUUUAAAUGUUAGAAUAAUGCUGUCAUAAAAAUCAUAAUCAAUAAUAAGUACUGCAUCAAAUGAUUAGUGUUACCUCGUCAGCUUUUAAGAUGUCAGAAUGUUUUCUUUCCAUGUGUUGUUUCAAAUUUGUAGUAUUACUACAUGUUCUCAACUCUUUUGGAAAGUAUUUACAUUUUGCGGUAGUAUUAUCUUUCUUCAUUAUAAAAUAUUUUCGCCAGCAGCUUCUGGGUGUUUUACCAAUGGAAGACAUUUUUAUGGUUAACAACAAUAUUUUGACACCUCAAAACUUCAAAGAGAUAAAAAAAGAUACAAAAGAUCACAACUUAUUAUGUAUUUGUACAUAAAGAUGGCGCUGAUUUUUUAUCGACCUGUUUACAUUUAAUAAACUUACUUACUCAUUUUUUCAUUCAUCGCAUAGAUGGCAUUACUUACAAAAAUCGAUUUAAAAUGCUUAAUUCAUGUAAUCGAUUCAUUAAAAAUCGAUUUUUACAAUUAAUAAAAUCGAUUACAAAAAAUCGAUACUAAGAAAGAAAUAAUCGAUUAAAACAUAAAUCGAUUAUUUAUUCACUUCCCUAAUUUAAAUGCGUUCAAUGUAUAAUUGUUGUUAAAGAUGUUUUAACCGUUGAAGAGCGAAAAGAAAAGUUAGAGUAUUAUCAUAUAAACAAAAAAGGACAUAGAGGAAUUAAUGAGCUUAAAAAUUCAUUGAGCUAAAAAUAUUAUUGGCCGAAAAUUUCGGAAUACUAUAGAGGAAUCAAUCUUUUUAACACUACUCUAAAAAUGACAACCAAAAUUUUAACCCAACUAAUAAAUCAAAGAAUAUCUUUUGAGGACGAACAACAAGGUUUCACCUUUUAUAUAAUAGACAAAUAGCGUUAAACAUCAUCAAAAAAAUUGAAGACAUAUAUAAGGACAACAAAAUACAGGCCAGAAUAGACGGACAACUUACAAAGGAAAUAAACAUAGGCACGGGUCUUCCCCUUCAAUCCUUUUAUUUUCCCUGAGCUUAUGAUGCUGCCACUAUAACUGAUCGCCCACAACUAGAAAAUACCUCCAUAUCAGCUACUCCUCUAGACCACAAAGUGGUGGUCCGCGAGAAAAUUUCGCUGGUCCGCAGAAUCGUACUCUUUCUGCGCGUAGAAUAACGGCGCGGGAAAUAAGUCUAACUGCUGCUGAAUGUUUUUUAAUGUGAAUUAUUUUUAAGUGAGUCAGUUUUAAUAUUAAUAUACUACUGAGUACCUACAUUAAACAAUAGAACACACCGUAAGUACCAAACUUUUCAUUUUAAUUUUUGCACGGUUACGUCAAUACAUAACCUCAAUUUACACACUUCAUAAUAUUUAUUUUUAAUAAAUAAUAGCGUUCUGUGUUGAACCGAGGCAGACGAGAGAACAGGCCGGAAUGAACCGAGGCCGACGAGAGAACAGGCCGGAAUGAGCGCGCCAUAUUUGCUGCGCACUCUUCGCUAGUAGUCCUCAGACCUCAAUGAUUUCUUCUUAUUUUCGCAGAUCAAAAAUAAAUUGGGAGAUCAACGUUUUUCUACACCUGAAGAAGCGGUUGAUGCGUUUUUUGAGGUUAUCAGCGAUUAAGACCGUGUAAUCAUCCGUGUCCUGUCAAACCAUGAUAUUUGCUUCCCAUUGUCAACAAGAAAUUUCCCUCGAACAGUUUUUCUUUCUUGUAUAGAAACUGUGGUUUCUUUUGGGGGCCUUUUUAGGCAAGGUGCUAACUACAUGCUACCACGUGCAGAGCUGAUGGAAGACUGGCUUCCCUACCGCAACCGCUGGAGCUAUACAACAAAGUUGUCACAUAUUCAAAACAAUUAACCAAGACAUCGAACUUAAAACUGCACCUAUUCCGUAGCAUCGGUGGUCAAUUCAAAUUGUUUAUUGAAAUAGGGAUAAGCUAAUAUAGGUUAUAGGUGAAAUUAGUAAUUGUUUACAGGUAUUAAAGCAGUUGAUAAAUUCUUCUGUACGUUCUACUUUUUUGCCUUUCUUUUAACAUAUCGUCAUUGUUUUUUUUUAUUUUCAUUGUUUUUAUUGAAUGUUUUAUUUUUGAUGUAAAGGUUAACGGAUCUCCUUGUUUUAAAAAAACAUCAGAAAAUUUUUUACUUAAUUUAUUAUAUUAUUUUUUUCUUCGGCUUUCAUAAUAUGGUCUGUUCGAAUUAAUACCGUCAACCGGGGUGAAGUUAGACAAUUUUUAGCGUUUUUGGCAAAUAACUUUUUUAUCGUAACUUCAAAAAUUUUGAAAAAAAUCAGUAAGAUAGUUCCAUAAUUACCCAACGCAAAUGUCACAUUAAAUAUUUGAUAGUAUUAAUCAGUUUUUAUUUUUUAAAUUUUGUCCAACUUCAACCGCAUUUUGGGGCGGGAUUGGACAAGCCUUGUUUAAUGGCUUAAACGUCAAUUUUCCACCUUCUAAUGAUGGAGUUGGACACAGGACAUAUUUUUAAAAAGGUUUUUGAUUAGAUUUGCAAUUAUUCAGUACAAAUAAUAAUAUCCAACGGUGAUAAAUAAACAAAUGUUUUAUUAAUAAAAAAAUUAAAAAAUUAUUCAAAAAAUUAAAACAAAAUUAAAAAACGUAACAAUACUUCUGAAAUUAACAGUACAAAAAUAAAAAUCACUUCUAACGCGGGAUUUACAUUUACGAGUACUCGGAUCCGAGUUAUAUUUGCGAGUUGAGUUCAAUCGUUUACAUUACGUCCGAGUAAAUUCAAAUUGUGUUUAAAAAUGGCUCCUUCAAGAAAAAAACGUGCCACUGUAACUUUAGUAUUGUUUAUGGUGUUUAAAAAGAGGAAAGAAUAUGACAAAGUUAAACGAAAUAGAACUAUUUGGGUUAAACAACAUUUACAAGAGCGCCACAGACUUGGAAUUGAAGAAAAUCUGCUAAAAGAUUUGUUAACCCAAGACGGGAAAGAUUUUAAGAAUUUCAUGCGGAUGGACUACGAAACAUUUUGUAUGUUACAUAUAAAGGUUUCCCCCUAUAUAAAAAAACAGAAUACAUGCUUACGAAGUGCUAUAAGUUCUGAAUUACGCCUUGCAAUAACAUUAAGAUUUCUUGCAACUGGAGAUAGCUAUAGGUCAUUAGAAUAUCUGACCAGAGUAUCAGCUUCCACAAUAAGUUUAUUUGUUCCUCAAGUAUGUGAAUAUGUAUAUGAAGUGUUGCAGUCCCAGUAUAUGAAGUUUCCUUGCACAAAAGGCGAGUGGGAAAAAAUUGCCAAGGAAUUUGAAAACAACUGGAAUUUUCCAUAUACCAUUGGUGCUAUAGACGGCAAACAUAUUGUAAUAGAAGCACCGCCCAAUGCAGGAUCCUACUAUUUCAAUUACAAGGGCACACAAAGUAUAGUGUUAUUCGCUUUAGCAGACGCAAACUAUAAUUUUUUGUAUAUUGAUGUUGGUUGCAAUGGACGUAUAUCAGAUGGAGGUAUCUUCAAAAAUUGUACAUUAAAUCAAGCAUUGCAAGAAGCCACUUUAAAUCUACCACCUGAUAAAUGCUUACCAAAUCGCAUUAAGCCAGUACCGUAUGUUAUGCUAGGGGAUGAGGCAUUUGCUCUUUCAAAGAAUCUUCUAAAACCAUUUCCAAGGAGCAGGCCUCUUAAUGCAAAACAGAAAGUUUUUAAUUACCGACUCUGUCGUGCACGUAGAGUAGUAGAAAAUGCCUUUGGUAUUUUGACAUCACGUUUUCGAAUAUUUAGAAAACCAAUUUGUCUAAAAGUAGAAACUAUUGAUAAAAUCGUUUUAACCGCAUGUGUCUUACAUAACUUCUUAAAAAAACAAUGCCAAGAGGUUACCCUAAAUUACGAGCUUGAAGAUAUUCCAACAAGUAUGAGAGGAAUAGCUCAUCAAGGAAGUAACAAUGCGAGUGAAGUCGCGCAUUCAAUACGUAACGAAUUUGCAGAAUAUUUUUAUAAUGAAGGCCAAAUUGAUUUUCAGUGGAAACAUAUUUAGAAAUUAUUUGAUUUUGAUUUUUCAACAUAUGAAAAUAAUUUAUUGUUACUUAUUAAUAAAUGACUAAACACUAAAUAA